AUCUUCUCUCGUGAUAGAUCUUCCCUAUAAAUAGGCAUACAAGCAAUGGGUUAUGCAAAUACUCAUAUCAGUCAAGUUCAGGGUAAGCUCGAUCCCAUUUAGCUGCUCGCGGAAUCGAGGAUGAGCUGCGCCGCCCCAAAAGCCCCCGCCGGAGAGGAGAAGAAGACGUCAUGGCCGGAGGUAGUGGGAAAGUCCAUCGAGGAGGCCAAGGAGAUCAUCCUUAAGGACAUGCCUGAAGCGGACAUCGUCGUCCUCCCAGCCGGCUCGCCGGUGACCCUCGACUUCAGGACCAACCGUGUCCGCAUCUUCGUCGACACUGUCGCGUCCAUUCCCCACAUUGGCUAGCUAGCUUUGCAAGCAAAGGCAACAUGGAUGCAUUGUGGAUGCUGAUGAAUAAGUACUUCCAAUAAGCAUGGAUCAAUAAAUAGAUGCUGACCACCAGCAUGCUACCUGUGGAUCAAUGUACUUGACCAGUUAUUUAUAAUUUGUGCUUCAUAUUA